AUGGAUGAUAUUGAGAAUUUACCAAAGGAGCUGCAAAUUAGGCCUCGUUGUCUUAUAGCCUUAACUGGCCUCGCUGUUGAGACUAAUCCCUUCCAUACGUAUGUCUGGAAGUGUUUCUCUCGGAGACAAUCCGAUGAUGUAGAUGCUCUCCGAUUCAUUAAUCUUCCCUUUGACCACCCUUACUCCAAAGCUAAACCGAAGCAUGCAUCUCAUUACGAAUGGUAUCAAGUGAAGGGUAUAAUCAAAAGACAUUGGAUGAAAAAGCAUCUCGACGAGUUGCCCGCCGUAGUUAUAGUUUUCUUCGACCUUGAGAACAACGAGCCCAAUUGGUCAGAAAAAGUAAAGGAAUGCGCUCGCCACGUUGAGCUUGUUCGAUCUAAUCUCAUCUCCAGGGCAACUAAACUCGUAAUGACUUUGCUGCAAAAUCGUCCCACAAAUGAAAUUUGCGGGGAUAUCAAUGCGCAGACUUGUAUUCAAGAGCUGUCUGAGCGUUGUCAAAUCAAUGUGAAGAACAUCUACCUUCUUGAGCAAUCUGAGUUUAUGCUAAGUUCAGUCAAGAGACUGAAGGAUGAAUUAUUUGCAAUGGCUCACAGUUAUUAUCACAAUGCUGCGAAACGUGUAAAAGCUCACAAGUCAAAUCUCACUAAGGCUAAUCAGCAGCUCUCUGUUCGACAUGAUUUUAAAAUUGCCUUUUUCAAUGAGCUGAGGCAAGAUUCGACUCUAGCUCUUAAGCAAUAUCGCCAGGCUUAUAACAAUUUAGUGGAGUUAAAAAUGCCUAAUGCUCAUCUUCUUGAACUUAAAAUAGUCGCCGGAUUUAUAAACUUUAAGAUCUGUCAAAUUGCCUUUCAAAUGCACGGCUGGGAUGCAAUAUCCCAAUUCCAACGACAUAUUACAAUCUUCAAGAACGCCGUGGGAAUGCCCGAACUGGCUUAUGAACAUGAAGCGUGGCUUGCGCAACAAUAUGAUAUCUUUGGCAAGCUCUUCGAAGAAGCCGCCCAGACCAACUGCCAAGCCUCAAUGUCCCAAAAUGCGGGGCUCUAUUUCCAUGAGGCUGGUCGCCACACAAUUAACCGUCGUGCACUCGCCAUGAGACUUUGUUCUAUCAACCUAAUAUCCACCAAUAUCAAUAGCACUUCUCUUACUCUCUCUCCAUCGUCAUUACAUCAGUCCUCGAGCUUGGGCAGUGGUGUUCACGCUGGAGUCGAGUCUCCGAAACAGUCUCUCACUGAUCCCACUUCACAUGAUGGCUAUGAUGAGUUGCCAGAGUUCUUUGGACAGAGACCCUGGCGCAAUCCUGGACUGACUCCGGAGACUACUGAUCCGAUGAGAGAACGCGAGGGUAUUAUGAGGUUGCAAGCUAAGGAAGCCCUUAAAAUAAUUAUUCCACUGUUCACUCGUGCUUCGUCAUACUAUGAAAGAUUUGGGGCUAAACGCAUUCGGAGCUAUUCGACUUACUAUAUUGCAGAGGAAUAUUUCCGCAAGGGUGAAUUUGAGAGUGCUCUUGACCAUUACAACAAAAUUGUGGACGACUUCCGACGUUCAACUUGGCCAUCGCUCUUUGCUUCCAUCAGUCAUAGAAUAUAUCAGUGGGUUCCUUUCUCUCUGUAUAUGCAUCUAUGCCAAUAA